AAACUCUCUUCCUUACUUCUCCCCCACUAUCACUCAACUCUCAAUUCAGGUACUUAACAAUCUCUCUUCAGAUCAGAACCUUGAAGAAUUCAUCCAUGGCGUUAGAAGCUCUUAACUCACCUACUACGCCUUCUCCUCAUCCUUUCCCCUUCGAAGAACCCGCUAAUCUCCACUGCCUUGAGUCAUGGACCAAACGCAAGCGCUCCAAACGACCCCGUUUCGACCAUAUCCCAACAGAGGAAGAGUACCUUGCUCUCUGUCUCAUCAUGCUCGCUCAAGGUGGUGCUGCUGCUACUGCACCAUCUCCGGCUUCCACCAGGACUGUCGACUCCCACCGCCAGCGCUCCCCGAUUCCGUCUGUGCCAGUAGCGGCUGCGGAGGAGAAGGUUAGCUACAGAUGUAGUGUCUGUAACAAGGCUUUUCCUUCUUACCAAGCUCUCGGCGGUCACAAGGCUAGUCACAGGAAACUAGCAGCCGGAGCCGAUGACGGUCAGUCAACUUCCACAACCACCACAACCUCUGCAACUACCAUGGCCGGUACUGGUAAAUCGCACGAGUGCUCCAUCUGCCACAAGUCCUUUCCCACCGGCCAGGCUCUCGGUGGUCACAAGCGCUGCCACUACGACGGCGGUGCCGCCAACAGCGCCGUGACUUCCUCCGAGGGCGUCGGGUCGACCAACAACGUCAGUCACGGCCACGUCAGCCACCGCGACUUUGACCUCAAUCUCCCUCCUCGGCCGAAUUUCUUCAUUUCCAGAGACGUCGAUGAAGUGAUCAGCCCCAUGCCGAUCAAGAAACCCCGCCUACUGAUUGCAACCACCAACACCGAAUCCUCUCAAGAAGCUCAUCAGUGAAUUAAUUUGUCAUUAGGUUAAUGAAUUUAGGCAAAUCGGAGACUGAUUUCCGCGCAGAAUUUGUUAUUUUUCUUUUCAUAUUUAAAUUUUUUAGGGGUGGCAGCGAAAUUUUUCCUGUACAUAUAGGACUGUGCUAGCAAAUUAUCAGAAUUUUUAUUCUUAUUCAAUUAAAUUGAUUUAUUCUAUUUUUCU